AUGUCAGACGCUGUUACAGGCGAUAGUAUUGCUUCAAAUUCACAAUAUAUUUUUACUAUUGAGUGUAACUAUCAUGGGAAAGAAAUAAUAGAUCAUAAACUUGUUAUAACCGUUGAAAUAGAAGAAGAGGAGUCAUUUACAGAACAAGAAUAUGAAAGUUAUUUUGAUACAGAUCUUGAAAGCGAACAAGCUGGUGAAACCAGUAAAAAGGCUCAUGAAAGAGAGGCCGAGGAGACAGAAGUAGAAAAAAUGAUCAAAAAAAUAAAACAUUUGGG